AUGAGAACACCGCGGGGCCAGGGGGAACAGAAACAGACCGAGCUCGAGCUCCCGCACGGCAAUACGUCUGCCAACAGCCUUGAUGAGACCAUGACCAAUGAUCUACGAAACUUCAAUCGCUCUCCCCAUCCCUACCACCGAAGCCGACACCCCGUCUCACGAACGCCAUCGGAGCAAGGCGAUCGCCUCCAGCCCCAGGCCCAUAACUCAAAGUCCCCGCGCACGCCUAGUGAUAGUGGCACGGAAGCGGACGAUGAGAGCACGGGGAUUUUAAGAGGUCUGCCUGCGCCGCCUAUCCGGCCUCGAAAGGGACUGCGGUCUGGUGCGAAUAGUACGAAUGCGGCUGAUUCUGAUGCCUGGCUACCUUCGCUGCAGCCAUGGCCAUCAUUCGUGCGGACUACUCGAGGGUCACAGCGCAGCUCGGAGGAGGAAGCUGAGUGCGCCUUAAGUAAGACUUUACAGCUUCGGCGGAAGAGGCGGGUUGAAAUCUUGCGGCGAUUGCUGGAGACAGCGUUACUUUUAUCAGUGGGUGCGGUGACGACGUUACAACCAGAGGCGCGCGAACAGCUCGCCGCCCACGGCCUUUUGGUCAUUGGCUUGUUUUCCGCAUAUCCCGUUCUUCUUCGUAUCUCACAGAGUCGGAGUCUACUACGAUUAUGGCCUUCCAAGCGUCCCUUCUUCUCAAUUCCAACCAGCUUCGACCCUGCUCCUCUCCUAUAUCCCGUUUUCAUUCCAAUUUUCGUCUCGCUCUCGUUGACGCACCACCGCGCGGCGUUUCUAAUACCAAAUAUCAUUCUCAGUCUCUCAUCUCUCCCAUCGCCAGUCAUCCCCCUCCACCACUUGACGCAUGGAUUCAGUAUUACCCACUGGAUGGUGACGCUGGUGCCGGCGCUCGUCUCUGAGCACCUUUCUUUCGACACUACAAUCCUCAAGCCUCUCACGCUCCGCGGAUGUGAUGCGGAAUUGCUAUUUCUUAUUUUUCCUUUGCAUCAAGCGUUGAUACCCACUUUAGACUUUUUGUUGACGACCAGCAUUCUCCCCGCGGAGCUACAACUCUUGACGACUGCCUUGAUCAAUUUGUACUUGUUUGCGAGCUCGCCCCAGGCUGAAAUUCUGAAAGCUUUGCUAUGGCUUGGUGGGCUUUGUAUAUUUGCUUCGUGCCGAAACAUAAUGCGAUGGGAAGUUGCUUUGGCUCGCAUUCCCAGUUGGAAAUUCCGCCGCUCCAUCAGUAACUCGCCAUCUCCUCGCCAAUUCCUGAAUUUGAUGGACCACCGAUUGUGUCAGAAGCUGAGCAGAACUGGUGGUUCAGAUGAGCCCAAUUCGGACAGUGAUGGUCCCGGUAGCGUACCCGUGUCGCGCAAGACCAGAACCACUCGAGAAAUGCGUGGCGCAACGCAGCCCGUGUCCGCCAUUGAUAAUAUAACCACAGAAGAAGCUUUUGAGAAGUUUAGUCAAAAGGGCCAUCGCCGCCGGCAUACCAUAUCUACCUUUGACGAUGCACUACAAGAAGAGAAGCGAAUUCGAACUACGCCAAGUGGUCGCCGAAAGAAGUCGAUGGGCCCGGACGUUGUGUCUUUCCUGUCGUUGACUGCAGUACAGGCGCAGGUUCGCAAGUGGCUGUACGCCUUUUACGUCUACGCCGUGUCACUGGCCAUAAUAUUCGGCCCGAUACGAAAGUACGUGGCUGAGAGGGCGCUGCAGGGACAUGAUCCAUUCGGCUGGGCUGCAGGAUAUAUGCUGGGCAAUAUAUCCGCCUUUCGACUAUGGGCGCUUAUGUUGAGCCUCGAAUAUUGGGUUGAUCUGCCGGCCCGGCCGGAUGUGACCAUGAACACCGCUUCUUGCGUGCUCGGCCGGAUGGAACACCUGCGUCAGACCAGUUUUGGGCCCGCGAACUCUCGUCUUUUGAUUGCGACAUACUGUGUCGGUGUGUUGGUAACGGGCUUGGCCGUGGUAUUCCACCUCAGCUCUGUGGUUGAGGUGGAUACACGGCGCAAGGUGUUUCACGGUAUGAUGGUGCUUAUGUUCCUGCCCACGAUCUUUGUAGAUCCGACAUUUUGUGCUUUGGCUCUAGGAUUAGUACUUUCUAUUUUCCUUUUACUGGACCUCUUCCGAGCGUCUCAGCUUCCCCCCAUAUCACGUCCGUUGACAUAUUUCCUUGCCCCGUAUGUCGAUGGGCGGGACCACCGUGGUCCCGUGAUCAUCUCACACAUCUUCCUGCUUAUCGGGUGCUCUAUUCCGCUCUGGCUAUCACUAUCUAACCUCGACCGCAAUGACACUGGUCCUUGGAUCGGUUGGGAUGUUCCUGUGCGGGAUGUCAGUAUGGUUAGUGGCGUUAUUUGUGUUGGGAUGGGAGAUGCAGCGGCUUCUCUAAUCGGUCGUCGGUUUGGGCGGCUGAAAUGGUUCUGGGGUGGUGGUAAGUCGCUUGAAGGCAGUGUUGCCUUUGCCGUGGCUGUCACCUGUGGAUUACUAGCGGUUCGUGCCUGGCUGAUAGUUGGGGGAUGGGCUGUGGAAUCAGCAGCCACCAAGGCGGACUACUCCACUCGAUUCUGGCUUUUGACGAUAUGCAAGGCCAUGUUAGCGGCUUGUGGGACUAGCGCCACUGAGGCAAUCCUCACGGGAUGUAAUGAUAACGUGUUGGUGCCAAUAGUGUUGUGGCUGUUGGUACGGGGACUGGGUGUUUGA